UUUAAGCCAGGUACCAAGAGGAUUUUCCAGCAGGACGUGGUUUCCAGGGCCCCUCCCCACUGACAAGAUUCUCCUCCUCUAUAUAGGGAGGCUGCAAAGGCAGCGAGGACUUGGGCUGUCCCGGCUGGUGGCUGUACAGGUUCCGACUCUCCAACUCACUCUGCUCCCCUAAUUGGACACCUGUGUCUGCUGAGUCACAAUGGCUCAAAAACCUCUCAGUGAUGAUGAGAAAUUCCUCUUUGUGGACAAAAACUUCGCCAACAACCCACUCACCCAGGCUGACUGGUCAGCGAAGAAACUGGUUUGGAUUCCAUCAGAGAAACAUGGAUUUGAAGCAGCAAGUAUCAAGGAAGAGAAAGGGGAUGAGGUGGUAGUUGAACUGGCAGAAAAUGGAAAGAAAGUGACACUGAGCAAGGAUGAUGUCCAGAAGAUGAACCCUCCAAAGUUCUCCAAAGUGGAGGACAUGGCAGAGCUGACUUGCCUCAAUGAAGCUUCAGUGCUGCACAAUCUAAGGGAGAGAUACUUCUCAGGUUUAAUUUAUACUUAUUCAGGUCUCUUCUGCGUUGUGAUAAACCCGUACAAACAGCUGCCCAUCUACUCAGAGAAGAUCAUCGACAUGUACAAGGGCAAGAAGAGGCACGAGAUGCCCCCUCACAUCUACGCCAUCGCCGACACGGCCUACAGGAGCAUGCUGCAAGAUCGAGAAGACCAGUCCAUCCUGUGCACAGGUGAAUCUGGUGCUGGCAAGACAGAAAAUACCAAAAAGGUCAUUCAGUACCUGGCUGUUGUUGCUUCAUCACAUAAGGGCAAAAAGGACACCAGUGUCACUCAAGGUCCAUCUUUUGCUUACGGUGAGCUGGAAAAACAGCUUCUACAGGCAAACCCUAUUCUUGAAGCUUUCGGAAAUGCCAAAACUGUGAAGAAUGACAACUCCUCCAGAUUCGGCAAAUUCAUCCGCAUCAACUUCGAUGUGACGGGCUACAUUGUCGGAGCAAACAUAGAGACUUAUUUGCUUGAAAAAUCCCGUGCUAUUCGUCAGGCUAAAGAUGAGCGAACAUUUCACAUCUUUUACUAUUUGAUUGCUGGAGCUUCUGAACAAAUGAGAAAUGAUCUGUUGCUGGAAGGCUUCAACAAUUAUACCUUUCUAUCUGGUGGCUAUGUGCCUAUUCCUUCUCAACAAGAUGAUGAGAUGUUCCAGGAGACCUUGGAAGCCAUGAAAAUCAUGGGCUUUACUGAUGAGGAACAGACAGCAAUACUGAGGGUUGUUUCAUCUGUCCUACAACUGGGUAACAUUGUCUUCAAGAAGGAGAGAAACACUGAUCAAGCUUCUAUGCCAGACAAUACUGCUGCACAAAAAGUGUGUCACCUGAUGGGGAUUAAUGUGACAGAUUUCACAAGAUCUAUUCUAACCCCAAGGAUCAAAGUAGGACGAGAUGUUGUCCAGAAAGCUCAGACCAAAGAGCAGGCGGACUUUGCCAUAGAGGCUUUGGCAAAGGCAAAAUUUGAGCGUCUCUUCCGCUGGAUCCUCGCUCGUGUGAACAAAGCUCUGGACAAAACAAAAAGACAAGGUGCUUCCUUCUUGGGGAUCCUUGAUAUUGCUGGAUUUGAGAUUUUUGAGAUCAAUUCCUUUGAGCAGCUGUGCAUCAACUACACUAAUGAGAAACUUCAGCAGCUUUUCAACCACACAAUGUUUAUACUGGAGCAAGAGGAAUACCAGCGAGAAGGCAUUGAAUGGAAUUUUAUUGACUUUGGCCUUGACCUGCAACCUUGCAUUGAGCUGAUUGAAAGACCUACCAACCCUCCAGGUGUCCUGGCUCUGCUGGAUGAAGAGUGUUGGUUCCCCAAAGCUACUGACACAUCCUUUGUGGAGAAACUAAUGGCAGAACAAGGCAACCAUCCCAAAUUCCAGAAGCCCAAGCAACUCAAGGAUAAAACUGAAUUCUGUAUAAUGCACUAUGCAGGAAAGGUUACCUACAAUGCAACUGCCUGGCUAACAAAGAACAUGGAUCCACUAAAUGACAAUGUGACCUCUCUGCUGAACCAGUCUUCAGACAAAUUUGUGGCAGACCUUUGGAAAGAUGUGGACCGUAUAGUCGGGCUGGACCAAAUGGCCAAGAUGAGUGAAAGCUCAUCACUCCCUAGUGCUUCAAAAACCAAGAAGGGCAUGUUCCGUACUGUUGGACAACUCUACAAGGAGCAGCUGACUAAACUGAUGACCACCUUAAGGAAUACCAAUCCCAACUUUGUCCGCUGCAUCAUUCCAAAUCACGAAAAAAGGUCUGGCAAACUCGAUGCCCAUUUAGUGCUGGAGCAGUUGCGCUGCAAUGGUGUCCUGGAAGGUAUCCGUAUCUGCCGGCAGGGAUUCCCCAACAGGAUCGUCUUCCAGGAGUUCCGUCAGCGAUACGAGAUUCUCGCUGCAAGUGCUAUUCCUAAAGGAUUCAUGGAUGGGAAGCAGGCCUGCAUACUCAUGAUCAAAGCACUGGAACUUGAUCCCAACUUGUACAGAAUUGGACAGAGUAAAAUCUUCUUCAGAACUGGUGUUCUGGCUCACCUGGAAGAAGAGAGAGACCUGAAGAUCACAGAUGUCAUUAUCACCUUCCAAGCUAUGUCCCGAGGCUACCUGGCAAGAAAGGCAUUUGCCAAGAGGCAGCAACAGCUGACUGCAAUGAAGGUUAUCCAAAGAAAUUGUGCUGCUUACCUGAAGCUGAGGAACUGGCAGUGGUGGAGACUGUUCACUAAAGUGAAACCACUGCUGCAAGUCACCCGCCAAGAGGAAGAAAUGCAGGCCAAGGAUGAAGAACUACAGAAAACUAAGGAAAGACAGCAAAAAGCAGAGAGCGAAUUGAAGGAGCUGGAACAGAAACACUCGCAGCUUGUUGAAGAGAAGAACCUCCUUCAGGAGCAGCUUCAGGCAGAAACCGAACUGUAUGCUGAGGCUGAAGAGAUGAGAGUCCGUUUAGCUGCUAAGAAACAAGAGCUGGAAGAGAUUCUGCAUGAGAUGGAAGCCAGAAUUGAGGAAGAGGAGGAGCGCAGCCAGCAGCUGCAAGCAGAGAAGAAAAAGAUGCAACAACAAAUGCUGGACCUUGAGGAACAGCUGGAAGCAGAAGAAGAAGCAAGGCAGAAACUGCAACUUGAAAAAGUAGCAGCAGAUAGCAAGAUAAAGAAAAUGGAAGAUGAUAUUCUGAUAAUGGAGGAUCAGAAUAACAAGCUAACCAAAGAAAGAAAACUCCUUGAGGAAAGAAUAAGCGAUCUAACAACAAAUCUUGCAGAAGAAGAAGAAAAAGCCAAAAAUCUUACAAAGCUCAAGAACAAACAUGAAUCUAUGAUUUCAGAACUUGAAGUGCGGCUGAAGAAGGAAGAGAAGAGCAGACAGGAACUGGAUAAAGUUAAGAGGAAGUUGGAAGGGGAGGCAAAUGAUCUACAUGAGCAGAUUGCAGAGCUCCAGGCACAAAUUGCUGACCUGAAGGCACAACUAGCCAAGAAGGAGGAAGAGCUGCAGGCUGCUCUAGCCAGGCUGGAAGAUGAAACUAGUCAGAAGAACAACGCCCUCAAGAAGAUCCGUGAAUUGGAAUCUAUCAUCUCUGAUCUCCAGGAAGACUUGGAGUCUGAGAGAAAUGCAAGAAACAAAGCAGAAAAACAGAAGAGAGACCUAGGUGAAGAGCUGGAGGCUCUUAAGACAGAGCUUGAGGAUACUUUGGAUACCACAGCCACCCAGCAAGAGCUCAGAGCAAAGCGGGAACAAGAGGUCACAGUGCUGAAGAGAGCCCUGGAGGAGGAGACUCGAACUCAUGAAGCCCAGGUCCAGGAGAUGAGGCAAAAGCACACUCAAGCUGUGGAAGAGCUAACAGAGCAGCUGGAACAAUUCAAACGGGCUAAAGCAAACUUGGAUAAGACCAAACAGUCACUGGAGAAAGACAAUGCUGAUCUGGCUAAUGAAGUCAGGAGCCUGAAUCAGGCCAAGCAAGAUGUGGAGCACAAGAAGAAGAAGCUGGAAGUACAGCUGCAAGAGCUACAGUCCAAAUACACUGAGGGAGAGCGUGUUCGGACAGAACUCAAUGAAAAAGUUCAUAAAUUACAGGUGGAGGUUGAAAAUGUUACCAGUUUGCUCAAUGAAGCAGAAAGCAAGAAUAUCAAACUGACCAAAGAUGUUGCAGCCUUGGGAUCUCAGCUACAAGAUACACAGGAGCUGCUUCAGGAAGAAACGCGGCAGAAGCUGAAUGUGUCUACCAAGCUUCGUCAGCUGGAGGAUGAGAAGAACAGCUUGCAAGAGCAGUUGGAUGAAGAAGUAGAAGCAAAACAAAAUCUGGAGAGACAUAUUUCAACACUGACGAUACAGCUCUCUGACUCCAAGAAGAAGAUACAGGAAUUUACCACCACAGUAGAAUUCAUGGAAGAAGGCAAAAAGAAACUUCAGAAGGAAAUUGAAAGCCUCACACAACAGUAUGAGGAAAAGGCUGCUUCUUAUGACAAACUGGAAAAAACCAAAAACAGACUCCAGCAGGAGCUGGAUGAUCUGGUGGUGGACUUGGACAACCAGCGUCAGCUGGUCUCCAACCUGGAGAAGAAACAGAAGAAGUUUGAUCAGAUGCUAGCAGAAGAGAAAAACAUCUCUUCAAAAUAUGCAGAUGAAAGGGACAGAGCAGAAGCUGAAGCAAGAGAAAAGGAAACAAAGGCUUUGUCACUGGCCCGAGCACUUGAAGAGGCUUUGGAAGCCAAAGAAGAACUGGAGAGAACAAACAAAAUGCUGAAAGCUGAAAUGGAAGAUCUUGUCAGCUCCAAAGAUGAUGUUGGCAAGAACGUGCAUGAAUUGGAGAAAUCUAAACGGACCCUUGAACAGCAAGUAGAAGAGAUGAAGACACAAUUAGAAGAGCUAGAGGAUGAGUUACAGGCUGCUGAAGAUGCCAAACUCAGGCUGGAGGUUAACAUGCAGGCUUUGAAAGGCCAGUUUGAAAGAGAUUUACAAGCCAGAGAUGAACAGAAUGAGGAGAAGAAAAGACAACUCCUUAAACAGCUCCAUGAAUAUGAAACGGAACUGGAAGACGAGCGGAAGCAACGUGCCCUGGCAGCUGCUGCCAAAAAGAAGCUGGAGAUGGAUGUUAAAGACCUGGAAAGCCAAGCUGACUCUGCUAACAAAGGUCGGGAAGAAGCCAUCAAACAACUUCGCAAACUACAGGCUCAGAUGAAGGACUACCAAAGAGAGCUGGAUGAUGCACGGGCUGCCAGAGAAGAAAUAUUUGCUACAGCCAGAGAAAAUGAGAAGAAAGCAAAGAGCCUGGAAGCAGAACUCUUGCAGCUUCAGGAGGACCUGGCUGCUGCAGAGAGAGCUCGCAAACAAGCAGAUCUGGAGAAAGAAGAGAUGGCAGAGGAACUUCGAAGCGCUUCCUCCGGAAGGGCGAGCCUUCAGGAUGAGAAACGGCGCCUGGAAGCAAGAAUUGCCCAACUGGAGGAAGAGCUGGAAGAGGAGCAGAGCAACAUAGACGCAAUGGGUGAUCGCAUGAGGAAAGCAGUGCAGCAGGCAGAGCAGCUGAACAAUGAGCUGGCAACAGAGCGCCAAACUGCACAGAAGAACGAAAACGCUCGGCAGCAACUGGAGAGACAGAACAAAGAGCUAAAGAGUAAGCUGCAGGAGAUGGAGGGAGCUGUGAAGAACAAAUUCAAAGCUACAAUUGCUGCUCUGGAGGCCAAAAUUGCUUCUCUCGAAGAGCAAUUGGAACAGGAAGCCAGAGAGAAGCAGGCUGCGGCCAAGACGUUGCGCCAGAAGGACAAGAAGCUGAAGGACGCGCUGCUGCAGGUGGAGGACGAGAGAAAGCAGGCGGAGCAGUACAAAGACCAGGCCGAGAAGGGCAAUGCACGACUCAAGCAGCUGAAAAGGCAGCUGGAGGAGGCUGAGGAAGAGUCUCAGCGGAUCAACGCAAACCGCAGGAAGCUGCAGAGGGAGCUGGAUGAAGCCACGGAGAGUAACGAAGCCCUGGGCCGAGAGGUUACAGCACUGAAGAGCAAGCUCAGAGGGACACAGGAACCUUCGCAUGACUAAGCAGGAGGGGAAAUGAGCCAGCAUCUUUUGCCCCACCCCGUAGAUCCGGAGGCAGAAGAGUAAUUGAGAAUGCAACAGAUGGAGCUGAUGACGACAUGGAUGCCAGAGAUGGAGAUUUCAAUGGAACAAAAGCCAGUGAAUAAACACGCUUAAAAAAUUGCACUGCAGCAGGGGGAGGGAAGAUGAUAUUUAGCACUGUAUAAGUCUACUCUUAGUGUCAAGGUCACAUACACCCACUCCUCUGACAGAUAAAAGCACAACUGCCUUGUCUCCAAUGUAUAGACUGAUGUUAAAAGUACUCCAAAACUUAUUUUACCGGGAAGUGUAUUUGAAAAGGUGGGGUUUUUUUAACAGAGUAAUUCACUUUGAGAAUCUUCCAGAAAGUGAGCACUAGUAGCUCAAAUGACUUAAAUUCCAGUGAACUGUAGUCUACACAGGAUUUGUUAAGACUGUUGCAGGGGAAAAAAAAAAGGCAUUGGUCAGUUAAUCUUUUCUUGAACUUUCAUUUUGAGUAUUCAAUUAAUAUAGGGUUUUCUCCUGGUUACUACACCCCUGAUGCACAAUUCACAAGGUGGAAGUGCCUUUUUAAUCACUUACUGAAAAAUAUCAUUUGUUCAAAUUAAGUCAACUGUUACAGUUUUAUAUGCACCAUGGAUGUGCUUACACACUAAUAAAAGGCUAUAAAAACGA